CCACUCUACUCCUUUGAAAUGAGAGUUAGCUCCCUUGAACUAACUCUGCUUCCGGACAACUAACGUUCUUCCAUUCUUCAGCUUCUGACAGGUGCUUAACGCUGACACUGACUUGCAAUAAUGUCGGUCAGUGAUAAUGAUGAGCUCCCAGGAUGGAUGAACUACUCACCAGAAGAUCAGCUUGAGCAGCCUGUGGAUACUAAUGUCACAGGAACCAUCCCCACAUGGGUGACAGGGACUCUGUACCGGAAUGGAUCGGGGAUGUUCAAGGUAGGGGAGACAACUGUAAAGCACCUGUUUGAUGGCCUGGCAGUCCUCCACAAGUUCAUCAUCAAAGAUGGCAAAGUUCAGUAUCAGAACAAACUCUUGGACUCGGUGACCCUUGAAAAAUGUCUGAAGGCAAAUAGACUCGUCGUUGGUCAGUUCGCUACAGCUGCCUACCCAGAUCCCUGCAAGAGCAUCUUUGCAAGGUUUUUCUCCUAUUUCAACCCGGAAAUGACGGACAACACUGCCGUGAACAUCGUCCCCCACGGCGACAUGCUUCUGGCACUGACAGAAACACCAACCUGCAAUAUUGUAGAUCCAGAGACACUCACAAAGAAGGGAUCGAUUCCUUUAGACAAACUGGUUGCAGUUCACAUCGCAACGGCUCACCCCCACUCUGACCCUGACGGCACUAUGUACAACCUGGGAACUUCAUUUAACCACAAGCAAGCUUACAACAUCGUCAAAAUACCACCACAAGAAAAAGGGGGAGACAACCCCUUCAGCCGGGCAUCCUUGGUGUCAACCUUUCCGUCUCGCUGGAUGACCAACAUCGCCUACAACCACAGCUUUGGAAUGUCUGAGAACUACUUUGUAGUUUUGGAACAGACUCUGGUUACUAACAUCUUAAAGCUGCCCCUCAUGAAGUUUACUGGAACUGGAUUUGAGAGUUGUAUGUACAACUACCCGGAGGAAAAGGUUCUUAUCCAUCUUGCCCGGCGCUCAGACGGAAAGACGCUAACAACUCGGUACACUGCCGACGCCUUCUUCUGUUUCCACUUCAUCAACUGUUACGAGGAAGAUGGUCACAUCGUCAUCGAUUUCUGUGCUUUUGAUGAUGGGGGUGUGAUACGUGAUGCUUACAUUAAAGAUGUAAAGAAAGGUGUCUUCUCAAAAAAAUAUGCCAAAGUGAGACGCUAUGUGCUUCCUAUAGACGUCGAGAAGGCAGAGAGCGGCAAGAACCUGGUGACUCUGGCAGACACCUCGGCUACAGCGGUCAAACAGGCGGACGGCUCCAUCUUGUGUACCCCUGACUACAUCACAGGAGAUGCAUCCAAUGGCAUAAGAAUGGAACUACCCAGAAUCAACUAUUCCUACAACACAAAGAAGUACAGAUACUGCUAUGGAACAGAAUUUCUGACAGACAAACCAAGGCUGACCAAGGUGGACAUGAAGACGAAAACCUGUGUCUACUGGAUUGGAGAGGAAGGGGACCAGCCUGGUGAACCAGUGUUCAUAGAGAGGCCGGGGGCAACAGAGGAGGAUGAUGGCGUAAUUCUUUCCCCUGUGUUCACUUUGGAAACCGGACGCAAUGCCUUCCUCCUGGUGCUUGAUGGGAAGACAUUCAAGGAGCUGGCCAGAGCAGAGACGCCCCCUGGUGUCAAGAUGCCCUUGACAUUCCACGGGUCGUUCAUACCCUGAGGGGAAUUGGAACCAAACAUACCACUAUGGCAUGGGCAACCACAGUUGGCAUUGAUUAUAAAAAAAAUCCACAGUAAUAUGUUUUAAUUUGGUCCUUUUUGUCCAAAUGAGAGAUAUUUUGAAAGCAUUACUUUGUUUGUAUUUGUUAAUGUUAUGACACA